CCUUCUAGAUUGCUGGAACGUUUACAACGUACUUGGUCAUUCUGCUGCAGUUCGAUGUGGGAAACUUGGAUUUUCAUCGACAUAAAUAGCUCUAGGAAAGAGGGAUUGAUAGGGUAUGGGUUCCCUUAUUAAGCAUGUGGCUCCCAUUUUCAUCCCACGAAAAACAAAGGAUUGAAGCGCUGUUUGUUUUGUUUCUUAUUUUUGUAUUUUUUGUUAGAAGUGAGCACCCAUGAAAACAAAAAGAACGGAAUGAAUCGGUGCCGUAAUCGCUUGUUUUCGAAUAGGAUGAAAAUGUGAGCAUGAGAUUACUGAUGGCACACAUACCCUAUAAUGGAAAUAUGAAUGAAUAACGUAAGGGCUUCAUACAGUUACUAAUGUAAUAACAAUCAUAUAUUGCUGUGGUAUAAGUUAAUACAUAUAGAAAUUAUGAAAUCUUUGAAGAUUUUAUAAUGUCCGAGGUUAUACAAACUUUCCUGAAGUUCAUAACUCGACAUCUGCAGGUCUAACAGUUGUUGUUUAUGUUGCCUAAUCAAUCAUCUUGUGAAUAUUUGACGUUGCUACGGUUUGAUACACUUACCCGAAUUUUCAUGGAAGUGAGUACUCAACAUCUUCAGGAAAUAAUUGAUUGUUACUUGUAAGAAGCUAUGUUCUCCAAAUCUGUUAGAUCUUAACUUAAAAUAACGUUAGAAGCAAAUAUCAACUAGUAAAUUAUGAUUUAUUCAUGAACUUCCAAUAUAUUCCAAUGCGUUAUUGUCACUCCCAACUCAGAUUAUAGAGUAGCAGCAACAGCAGCUAUGCUCAGAUAUCUCCGUUCCAGUCUUCAUCGCAAGGCAACUAACAUCAUGUAGUGCUUUACUUAACAGAUAAUAAUUAGCUCCCGACCAACAGCGACAUAUGGGACGAACAAUUCCCACGGUAUGAUAAAAUCCCCACCCUAUUAUUGUUAUCGAAUGACGAAGAUGAUAAGGGGCACCUUCUGGCUGGUCGAGAGUAUUAUUUAUUACAUCAACAACACGUCACCGACAGCGAACGAUAUGGUACGCAGGAAUAUAGUUGACUUGUGUUCUAGCAUCGGAUAAAGAGUAUCAUACGGGCGAAAUGACCCCAAGGUCACAGAUUCAGCAAUGAUGUUGAAUAUAAAACCUGUAAUUUCCAGUUUUAAGCUUGAGACUGUGAAACUUUCAAGGCUACGUUGAUUUCUAAAAAAUGUUGAAUCGUAAAAUUUUUGGUAUUUGCAAUCAAUUUUAAUGCUUAAAAAAUGUCCGGAUAAUCGAAUCACCCGAAUUUUCGCGCCACUUCUUUUAAGUUUUCUUUCAGUUUUUUUGGUGUCAUUGAUGCAACUGCUAUGAAACUGUGUGUGGAGAGAAGCAGAUUUGAGGUGGUUCUUGUAUACUCCUGUUGUGUACUGGAACUCUUGUCUCCAGGAACUCAAUCUGUGGAUUUCUGUGGAUCAAGGAUUGUCAUCCGGAAAUAUGAAUUCCGUCUGGAUAUUACUUCAACAAUUCCAACUGACUAUUACUUCAAGAAUUCCUUCUGAAGAUUACUUCUGAUGAUUUCUCCACCAUCUCUUUCUAGAGAUUCUUGCAGAAACUUCAUCGCUGAGUUUCUCCAGAAACACCAUCCAAAGGUUUCUUCAGGAAUGCUUUCUGGGGAUUCCUCCAUAAAUUUGAAUGUCGGAAUUCUUUCCUGGGUGUUCCUCCAAAAAUUCCUUCCGAAGUUUUGAAAGAAACUCCUGAAUGUUUCAAUAAGGAAUUCCUUGAGUAUUCUUAGAAGGAUAAAAAAAAUCCCCCCGGAGGAAUUUCAGAAAUAGCUUUUGGAUGAUUUCCACAAAAAGAACUUCUAAAAAGAACAUUUAGAAGGUUUCCAAAAAGAACUUCUGAAGGAUUUUCAGAAGAAACCUUUGGAGGAUUCCUAGAAGAAGCUCCAGCAGGAGGACUCUCAGGAAACUUGUUUUCAGAAAUACCGUUAGGGUUUCUUUCUGGAACUUCUUUAGAAAUGCCUCUUGGAAUGCUUCUUAGGGUUUCUCAAAGGAUUCAUCCCAUGUUUUAUCUGAUCUGGUGUCUUGAUAUCCUGUUUUGAACUCCUUUCGGAGAUUUUUUCGGAUUCCUACUGGCAUUUUCCCAUAAUUCAAACAAAUCUUUUCGGGAUUAUUCCUUGAGAAUCUUCCGGGAUUCCUGAAUUCCUACCGUUUUCUUCUGUAGAGAUCUUUCCAAAAUUUCUUCCGAAAUCUUUUUUCGGCAUUGCUCCCAGAGUCCCUCAUGAGAAUUUCCUCGAGUUCCUUCUGCGUUACGUCCAAAAAAAAUGUCGCGGAUUUUUUUUUCGUGAGUUAUUCCGAGAGCUCCACAGGAGUUAAAGUUUGAGAAUUUGUCCUAAAAUUUUACUAUAGCGAUUUCUUUCGAAGAUUUUCAAUGAUUACCUAUGGUGUUUCUCAUGGGACGUUUCCAUAAAAUCUUUCCGGAAUUUCUCCCAGAGUUGCUUCUGGAGUUAUUCAUGUGGUUUCUACUGGAUCUCAUGCGAGGAUUUCUCUUGAUUUUUUUGCAGGUCUUCCUCCCGGGAUGCUCGUUUUAGGAUUUCUUUAAAAGUUGCUCCUGAAAUUCUUGCACGGAUCGCAAAUCGCUACCAUAUAAACUUUAAAAUAGGUUCCUGGGCACCGAAAUUCAUGAAAAUUUUGAUUUCGGCUCAGUUUGGCAUGCAGAAUAUGGAAUUAUCUCAGCAUAGCUAAAGAUCCAAUUCUCAAAAAUCCCGAAAGAAAACCAAAAAAAAAAGAUUUUUUUAUGAAGGCUAACAAGUUAGACACCACAGAAUAACAACGUGAGAGAACUGAAUAAAGCCAAAAGAAAAAAAAAAACUCCGACUAACCUCCAGGUAAUAAGGUAAUAAAUGCAAGAAAAAACUCUUGAGAAAAGUUUUUUUCCGAGAAAUUUUUAAAGAAUUUAAAGAAGCAAAUGUGAUAGAAUUCCAAAAAAGAAUCACGGAUGGAAUUGAUGAAAAAAUCACGGAAACAAUUGCAAAAAAAUCCUCAAAUCAAACGAAUUUUGGAUAGAUUUUCAAACAAAUCUAAAAUUAACAUUUGAAAAGGGCGAAACAAUCAUUGCGAAUUACUGCUUCUCCCGUUCCUGCUGAGCGUAUUUUCCAUUAUUCAUUGAUUCUCUAAUUAGUAACAGGUAGAGCAGGCUCCCCUCUAUCUGAUAACAUAGCAGGAUAAGUUUGCAUAAAUAAAUUUAAAUAUUUAAAUUUAAAAAUGCUUAGAAGGGACCGAAGCAACCGAGGCGUGCAAUAAUUGUUCCGCUUCCGGUUGUUGGUCAAAAAAUGUCUUAACAAAUCUCUGAAAGAACUUCUAAUUUUUAAAAGAUCUCUUUAGAAGUACUUUUCGGAAGAAAACAAUCGGUUAUGUCAGUUUUGUUUUAAAAUUGUUGAUAUGCUAUCGUAAGUUCCAGUUUUCCAUUGGAUUUCAAUUGAAUUCUCAACAUUACACAGAGGACAAGCAACUUAAGUUCAGUUUCAAAACUGUGUUAGCAAUUUAACUUGUUGAAACAUCAAGAAAUCCCAUUUCAAUUUUGCAUACAAACUUUAGAGGCACAAAUCGACGAACGAUGCACCAAAUCGAGCUGGAUUUGUUCAUCCUGGCUUUUAUCACUUGCAAAAUGAGGCAGAUUAUUCAAGUCAUCCCCAUUAGCUCACGAAAUCUCAAGAUCAGUGCUCUUGAAAAUGUGAGAAGGGGUUCGAGUCAGCCAUUGUAGCAACCACAUAGGACAUAUGAUCUGUGGAAUUAUAGAUUGAACUUACUGAAUGUAUUUUCCAAAUUUAUAGAGUAGCUGGAUAUCAUUCUUCCUAAAAGAAAUUUUCGGUGGAAUUGUCAAAACAAUUUCUUGUAAUCUACCCAAAAAAAACUGUUGGAAAAAAUUAGAAAUACUCCUGAACCAGUCUCAUUUUUUAUUUUCGAAGGAGUGUAGCAAAAAUAAAAACCAUAGAUCUUGCGCAUUAUCCCAUAUUUUUUUAUUAUUUUUAGGAUAUUUGUGUACCGUUUUUAAAAAGUCUAUAAAUUUAAUCAAAAGUUGGGCAAAUUUUUAAUUAAUAUAUUUUCAAAACUCCUGGCUAAAAAAAUAUUCAGGGAAUAUCAUUUUGUUUUGUUGGUAGAUACCCUGCCCAGAAUAAACUCUUGGAAGAUCCACAGAAAAAAAAAUCCAAAGACAAUUUGGCAGGGAACACACCAGAAGAACGUAGAGGUGUUUAAGUACGAACUCCUCCCAGAUACAAUCCCAGACGAAACUUCAGCAAGAAUCCGAGCAGGAAAUACUGGAGGAAUCCGUGGAAGAAGCCCAGAAGAAUUUCAUGGAUGAAUACAAGAAGGAAUUCCGAAAAAAUCUAAAUAGAACUACUAAUGAUCCAUGAUCGAUUUAAUCGAGUAACCGUCAAACGAUACAAGCAAGACAUCAGAUCAUUUGAUCCCCACGAGAAAGUGAACAUGAUUGUGGUUGCCAAUAUCGCUUGUAAAAUGCUGGCUAUCUAUCAUUUACGUCUAUAACUAUCUAGUGGAUAUGGCUUUAUUUUCCUCAUCUAACUUGACCAUGCGAAUAGGAGGGUAUAGCAGUGAGGGCAAGUGAGAUGAUUUCGUUUGACUUGAAUAAAAAGCUCAACAUGUUCAUGUUUCUUUAAAGUCAAGUGAUUUGCUCAAGUGAGAUGAUAAUGGUGUUUUACACGUUCAAUUCACAUUCAAUUGGACAUUUUCCAUAGACUUGAAUCAAGCAUGUAAACAAAUAUAAUAAAUUAAAAAUCUUUGAUGUAAACCAGGUGUUGGGGGUAGUCAUCUCCAGUUCGGCGAAACUCAUAUCGAAAUAAGCAGCGUUUACUUUACGACAGAUUCAAUGCUGCAAAUAUAUUUCUAUUUGAAUGCAAAAUAUACUUAUAAUAUAGAAUAAGGGUCUUACAUGGUAGUUUCAGAGCCUAUACUGCUGGAAAUACAUCCGCUCCUACCGAUAUCAAAUUUUACACUGCCCAAAUCCUAUCACAAUACACAUAUAAUUAUUGUGCGAAAUGCUACUUCUGAAUGUGUUGCCAGUUUCACCAAAUUGACUUCAAGCGCGCCCCAACACCAGGCAAUAGCGUUAGUCCUCUGAAGCUUUUCAAUGUGUUCUGUGAGGAAGGUGCGCUAAUCCCAAGCCCCAUCUAUUGGUUCUCUGUGCAAUUCCGCUAGCUCUGGUCAAUCACGGAGUAGCAACUACGAAGUGUACGGUCACCAAUGCUCAUGCUUAUGCUCAUGCUGCUCAUGAAGCUUUUCAAUGUGUUCUGAUUUUGGUUUGUAUCUAACUGUCCUGCUUCUUAUUCUUUUCGUCAAUAGCAAUUGAGGUCUAACAAGCAUAAACUGCACCCAAUAUGUUGCAGCUCGAUUGCUCGAGGGUUAAUAGUUAAUCUUUGUCCUUGUUGUCGUGGCCGACAUUUGGUGCUCUUGGUUAUAUCAAAGUUAUCAAUAUGCUUCUUAUAUUGCAAUCUAUUUUUUGCUCGUUCUAUCGUGUGAAACCUUGUCAGCCUUCAACGAUAUCACCAGCAUGCAAUAGUCAGUGUGUUUGUGUUUUGAAGUUUUUUUUUGCAAAUUAUGCAACACUUUCUUCCAAAUUUUCGACUCCAAAUGAUGCACGUCACGCGCAAGAAUGUCAGAAACAUACAAGCCUUAUUUUAAAUUUAAUACUCUAAUUGUAUAAACCCUAGACCUAGUUUUGACAAAGCUGUAAAAUAGUAUUCAAGCCAAAUUUACUCACUCAGUUCAGCAAGACUUUUCCAUUUUUUUUCCGUGAUCUCUAAAGUCGGACGCUGAAAAAUAACGAUUUUCCAGAUUCGCUCUCAGAUUUAAAAAAAAACAUAAGAUAAGCUAAAAAGUUUUUGAAUGUUUCAACUAUCACCAUCUUAAGGACAGACUUGUUAGAAUCCCAAAAUGGCCGCCAUAAUGGCCGACUUUGACACCUACUCACAAUUUCGAGGGCACAAAUCUCUUCGUAAACAAAGCCAGCGCACCUGAGCUUCUUAUUUUAAGCUUAUUGCAAGUGAGCAAGAACAGAAUAAUAAAAUGCACUGUUGUUUGACACUUGCUACGUGAGAUUUGUGCGUUUGAAGUUCUGAUGCUCUGUUGAAGCGGGAUUUUAUGACGUUUGUCCUUAAGAGAUUUCUAAAAUUUUAGAAAAUCUAAUCAUGAUUUUAAGGAGUCAAAGCUGAUGCAGCAACCACUACCUUCAUUGCAUAUUAGUUACUUCAUAGAACGGAAGUUCGGACAAUCAGUAUUUGCUUAUUAAAAUGCAUCACAGCAAUGCAUAAAUAUGUAUGGAUUCACAGCCCCAACUGAAACAAGGUCACUCAUGCGGAUAAUGCACAUUAGGUUGAAUGGAAAAAAAUGCAUCUACCAUGAAAAAAAUAUUCCAUUAUUGGACCGGUACAGGCGAUCUGACAUUUCACCCUGCUAUAGUCAACGCUCAAAAAGUGCGGAUAAUAAUUGACCAAGUAAGUCAUUUAAAAUUUUAAGUUUUACCGUAUUGAUGAUUUUUAAUCAUCAAACCAGGCUUUGUGAUCUAAUGAAAAUCGCUUCAGUAACAAACGACCGACAGACAUGGGAAGCACUCACUCAAUGAUUAUUGUAUUGUUGUCACUCGCUUCCACAAAAAUUUUGAAGAGAAUUUGCUCUUCUACAGUUUUAAAUUGAAGCGGUUGAGUGUCAUUCGUUGAUUGAGAGUGCAAACUCUCUGCUAUCCAUGCACUGAUGCAAGUAGAUUCUUCUGACGCUCUCUUUGCUAAUGUUCGCAACUCCGCUUCAGUAGCAGCAUUGACAAACACCUUCGGGUCGCUUUCGUUAUCACUUAAUAAGGUAUUAGUUGAUCAUGAUGAUGAUUUGGCUGAGUUUUUCACGCUUGUCUACCGCAAGAUUUUCUUUUGCAAGAGAAGAUGCUGGAAGACAUUACCCAUCAAUACUGAGUUCCAUAUUUUGAGCAUUGUCUAUUGGUACUAAAACAUGUAAUUUAAAAUCUUAGUAUCGAAUUACCAUAGUACCCACAUAAAACAGUCAGUUGGAAGCAUAACUUUACUGACAUAAUAUGGUCAUUUACAUAUUGACCGAUUGAAGUGUGUUUGUGUGCAUGUGCUCGGUAUGCAUGAAUAAAACUUGCCGCAUAGGUAUUAACGCAUGAUACGACUUCAUUAGUGUAGGGAUAUUGCUUUUAAUUAUUAUUGAUGCGUUGGUGUCAUUAUGGUCCCACGCAUUCGUGUGGUUGACAAAAUAUCGAUCGAUUUGGUUUAUGGAGUGAAUAUGUUCGUUUCGCUUCAAGCACAGUGAAAGAUGACAUUAUUUUUUGGGAUUUUGAGUUCCUAGCUUCAAAAACAGAUCGAACAAACUAAAUAUAUGAAAACUCCAUCUGGUCUGCAUUAUUUUACACCCACUUCAUUAUAGAAGCUACCGCCCAUGGCGCAUUAAAAGCAAUCAGGUGAUUCAUGGAAUCACAAUUGCAAAGUUAUAUCUAAUUACGUUUCCUGUGAAGUGUUUUUCAAAUUGUGUAUUCCUGGUACCAGUCGUGAUGCUACACAAAUGCAGCGUUAAUAGAGUGGAAGUUUUCCAAUUCGAAAUGGUUGGUUUACAUCCAGAAAUAGAUUCUGGAAACCAUUGAUUGAAUAUUAACAAUCAAUCAGUCAACGCCCAGCUGAAUUAUCCGUCAGCUCACAGAGUGAAGUCCCAAAACUUCUCAACCAUUCAUAACCAUGCCUUGGUACCAGGCGUGCAACUUUUUCGAUUCUAUCCGUCCAGUGUACCUCAUCACAAAAAUUUUCCUAUUGCACUUUUCAACGUUGGAUUUUAAACAGCAGACGAUCCACAGAACGCUUCUAGACCAACUCUGUUUCAGCGUAGCCGUAGUGGUGGACAUCUAUCUAAUCUACCGAAGCAUAACGGUCAACACUCCCUAUCUCUAUCUGACCGAUUCCGUUCUACUCAACGUGGGAACUUACUUGACUUUGGUGUUUCUCUCAUUCAUGACCUCUUCCAUAUCAUCCUGGAACUGCUACCGAGCGGUUGAAAUUCUCGGAAUAUACACCAAUAUCGACGAAUGCGACCAGAUCCUCAGAUCGCUGGGGAGCUUCAUCGAUUACCGAAAGCAGCUUGUUUUCAGCACCUUGUACCUCUUCGGUUGGCUUUGCGUCCCGGUAAUCGUUACGAUGAACGCUGUAUUAGCGCGGCUUAAAUCCGCAUGGACCAGUGUGACUUCGGGUGGACCGGACUUGUUAACUGCUGCGGCCAUUUUAAGGACAUCUAUCUGCUUCAGUAUGUUCGUUUGCUAUUCGACGUUGACACUGCUGCUGCUCAACGCACGUCUCGGUUGUGUGCAGAAAGCUAUGGUGAUGUACUUGAAGGAAGCUAGGAUUUCCCAACCGACAGUCGAUUGUGACGUGAUUCGUCGAAUUGCACAAGCUCACGAUCAACUGUGCAACGCCAUACAGUUGUUUAACGGUUGCUAUUCCAUUCACAUAAUGCACACCGUGACAAUGUCGGUAUUUUUCACGAUUUUCGUCGUAUUCGGAUUGAUCCAUGCAUAUGCCACCGAUGCAGGUGAAACCAUGAUGCAAGUGGCCAAGACCAACAUCGUGUACGAUGAGUUCUACAUUUUGAUGUUCGUUCUGAUGGUGGUGUUCACCAGCUUGGUCGGUAGAAAUUGCAGUCGCGUUAAGAUGAUGAUAAACAAGGUUGUUUGCUAUCGUUCUUAUGAUAAGGAGGUUUUCAGAGAAUUGCGUUGUUUUUCGCAGCAGUUGGAAAACCAUGCACCAAAGAUCAACUGUGGUAUGCUAGAUUUUGACUGGACGCUGUUCUACUCGGCUGCUGGUACGUUCACAACAUACUUGGUGAUUUUGCUGCAGUUCGAUGUAGGGAAUUUGGGAAUCCGUCAUCAAAACCAAACGUGAAGUUGUAUUUGAAAAUUUUCUUGAGUAGAGCUGCUGACUGAAAAGGGUGAUAUUUCAAGUUACAAACGAUAUUAUUGAUCAAGUGCGUUCCAGAAAACUUAUUCCAAAUUCACUGAGACGAGACAUAAGGUAAUAAGGAUCACCAGAAUAAAGCAACUUAUCACAUUGACGGUAGAAUUUUCAAACUGCAACAGAGGGAAACAGAUAGUAACCAUUUUUUUUUUUUUCAAUAAUGAAGAAAAACCAUGUCUUAAGUUUUGAUUCAGACUCUGGAUGUAAAAAGUUUUCAAGUCCGCGUUUGUAUUACGUCACAUGCAGUGCCACUCGAGAAAAAUUGAAAGAAAAGCCUAAUUAAGAAUGGAAAAGUACGUGCUGAACACUCUGCUUGUUGAACAAGCUUAGAUCUACUAGUACAUUUGGACGUGUCUGCUGUACUGUUUAUUUGGGAUCUUCAUAAAUCUCAACAUGGGAUGGUAACAUCGAGGGAUGCAAUAUACGACUUUGGCAGAAUAGAUUGGUGAGCUCGUUUCAUUAUUUUUUCAUCUUUUUUAUGACUUCCUGGCCUUAUAUACACUCCAUUGAUGGUGUUAACCGCUAUGAAAAUUCAAGUUUCCUAAAUCGAACUGAAGUAAGAUGAUCAAAUAGGUUGUAAAUGUUCCAGCAGCCUGCAAAUAAAAUAGUACUUUCAGUCAUCCCAUCUUCCUUGUAUUACUACGGAAGAUCGUACCGAGUAGAACAGCGUCCAAUCAAAAUCGAAGAAACCGCAGCUGAUCUUCGGUGCAUGUUGUUCCAGCUGUUGUGAAAAGCGUCCGAGUUCUCCGAAGAUCUGCUUAUCGU